AUGCUGCUUCGAUCGAAGCUCGGGUACCGCGCACUGCGACUGCGACCACUGGUAACCCCGUUCCAUCCCGCGCGAUUGGUAUCAUCUGUGCCUCUGGUGCGCAUUCAGGAUGGUACAUUUUACCGGCAGUAUCCUACCGGCGAUGACGCUGCAACCAAUCCUCCCCUUUACCCGAAGUUCAACUUCAAUCUCCCUUCGAAGGCCGAGCUAUCUGAUGACAGCGAACCAAACUUACAGCAUUGGGCCAUAGUAGGCCCAUCUGGACGGACAGAUCUGCUGGAUAUUCUCCGAGGACAGCAUAUUUGUCUCCCACCGACCGCCCGAUCCUACCCCUACCUCUUGACCGAUGAGAUUGCCACCAAAGAUUCACAACUCCGAUAUGUUGGAAACGCGAUUCAGUAUAUUGGCUUUAGCGGCGAGGGUUCCGGGGCCCUCGGUGGCACUCGUGGUGCCUACUUGAGUGCUCGUUACGAGAGUCUCCGAGAGGAAACAGAUUGGACGGUAGAGCAAUUCCUACGCGGGCAAACAUCGCUGAACCCGAUGGAAGGGGAGGAGAAAGGGACGGUACACGAUGAAGAGUUACUCCAGGAGGUGAUCAAUGAUCUCCAUCUCUCGGAGCUGCUUAGUAUGCCUGUUGCGAACUUGAGCAAUGGCCAAACUCGACGAGCUCGCAUCGCCAAAGCGCUCCUCCGGAAGCCCGAGCUUCUCCUUCUUGAUGAACCAUUCAUGGGAUUGGACCCAGCUACCGUUCGGAGUAUCUCCAGCUUGCUUCAUCGAUUGGCAGACAAAUCUUCCCCUCGACUAAUCCUCGCAUUACGCCCUCAAGAUACAGUGCCUGACUGGAUCAGCCACAUGAUCGUUGUGGGAAACUCAAACCAACUUGUUGAGCAAGGUACACGAGACGAGGUCAGCCAGUCACUGGCUGUCUGGAAGCACCUUGCAAAUGGUACCACAGUGAAGUAUACAGAACUCACCGACAAGGCAAUUCUGCGGAAAGCGAAGCAGGACUUAAAGUCCGGUGUGCUCGAUGAACAACUUCUGCGGGAUAUCACAACAAACCACGUGGAGAAAGCAUCGAAGAUCUAUAACACUCUACCGGAAGGAGAACCAUUGAUUGAAAUGGAUGGAGUUCGCGUACAGUAUGGCGAUAAAGUGGUGUUGGGAGAUUGGAACCGACGGGUGAAUGGUCAGACUCAAGAUGGUCUACACUGGUGUGUGCGCCGAGGCCAGCGCUGGGCUAUUCUUGGAGCCAACGGUUCCGGUAAAACCACUCUUUUAUCACUCAUUACCUCUGAUCAUCCGCAAACCUAUGCUCUGCCCAUUAAGCUCUUCGGGCGCUCUCGUCUUCCCGAAGCAGGUAAACCUGGUCUCUCUAUUUUUGAACUUCAGGCACGUCUCGGUCAUUCAUCCCCUGAGAUCCACGCAUUCUUCCCUCGCCAAUUGACCAUUCGUGCAUCUCUUGAGUCCGCCUUCGCUGAGACUUUCUUGACCAAACCGAAACUUGACUAUGAACGCGAUCUAGAUGUGAGCGCGGCACUGCGAUUUUUCAGACCUGAACUCGACCCAAACCACUCCGUUAAAGAAUUACCAAUCGACAUCACCAAUAAUAUUAUGUUCCCAAACCUCACUACUCGCCGUCAAUCUUAUGUGCCACCAGACUCAGACAUUGACUACGCUGAUAAUAUUACCUUUGGUCAAUUGACCACUGCACAGCAACGUAUUGUCCUUUUCUUGCGUGCUCUGAUCCACAAGCCAGACAUUGUGAUUCUCGACGAACCUUUCUCUGGGUUGACUGCAUCUCAGAGGGAUAAAUGCCUACAGUAUAUUGACCAAGGCGAUACUUCAUUGUCUACUCACUCCACUGCUUCAGGCGAAACGUCGCGGUAUAACGGUCUGUCAGCGGACCAAGCUCUUGUCCUUAUCAGUCACGUUAAAGAAGAGAUCCCUGAUAGCGUUCGUCAUUUCAUGCGCCUUCCAUCAGAUUUGGGCGAUAGUACGGAACCUUUGGAUUUCAGACUCGGAGUACUUAAAGAAACCAGCGUUUUGAGCGACUCGAAAGUAUGGGAUACCGCAUGGUGUCCACCAUCUCAAUUCCCAGAGUGUCAUGAUCAACAGCCCUUUGAAAACCCUGAACUAGAGUCUGAGGACUCUGAUGAAGGAAUUUCUAUCUGA